CAUGGCUCUGCAGACUUCAGCCCUUGCUAAGCACUUAUGCUGAAGACAGGAGGAAAGUCGGUUUUCUUGUUAUGAGACUCGUGCCAUUCCCCACUUUGUCUCAACACAGAUCCUGAAACAGCAGAGUACAACCACCUGCCUCAAAGGUUUCUCACUGCAGAGCCCUUACCACAGUCAAGAUGCAUCUUGAAGGCUAAGCUGCAUGGUUCCUAUAGUUUGCAGCUCUCAAAACUGUAUUCUGCAGACUUCCUAAGACCAUAUUCUGCACCUCUGCCUCCGUCCACCAUGCCCACUCCUGAUUGUCCUCGUCCACACACGUGGACCUGUAACUGAUGUGACACGCCGUCGCUGCAGGGAGGAGCCUGAUACAGGCUGAGCUCUCCUUCCCUUCCUUCCCUUAGAAGGUAAUGCGUCUCUUGCUUUCUAGCAAAGCGCCAGAGGAGAGCUGCUACAAGCUUUGCUCUGCCAACAAGACACAGUAUGGAAGCCAUUGCCAAGUUUGAUUUCAGUGCUUCUGGAGAGGAUGAGUUGAGCUUCCAGGCUGGAGAUAUGCUGAAGGUUUUGAGCUCCCAAGAAGAUUGGUACAAAGCUGAGCUCAGAAGUCAAGAGGGCUACGUUCCUAAGAACUUCAUCGAUUUUCACGUUCCCCCCUGGUUUGAUGAGAGGAUAUCUCGCCAUGAAGCAGAGAACAUCCUCAUGACCAAAGGAGUUGGCUCCUUCAUUGUCCGAGCCAGUCAGAACUCUCACGGUGACUUCUCCAUCUCUGUCAGGCAUGACGACGAUGUGCAACACUUCAAAGUGAUGAGGGAUUCAAAGGGCAACUAUUACUUGUGGACAGAGAAAUUCCACUCAUUAAACAAGCUGGUGGACUACUACAAGACAAAUUCCAUUUCCAGGCAGAAGCAGAUCUUCCUGAGGGACAACAGCCGAGAAGACAAGGAGAGGCAUGGUGGGAGCCUGGAACGGAUGGGCCGGGAAGGAUUCCAGCUGAGUGGAGCAGCUGGAGAAGAUCAUUCUUCUGUAUCCAAGAGAUAUGUAGAGCAUCCUCUCCCCAUACUGCAGCAGCAACAGGGUAGAUAUGGUGGGAGUCUGGACAGGAAAGAUGGACUGCAUGGACUAACGGAUCACAGCCAAGGAGGCGCAGCAGCUAUGCAACGGAGACAUACAGACCCACUGCACCAGCAGGCACCCCGAACGCUAUGGGUCCGCGCCUUGUAUGACUUUGAUGCUGUGGAGCACGAUGAGCUGGGCUUCCGCAGUGGAGACAUCUUAGAGGUCCUGGACAGCUCAAACCCAUCAUGGUGGAAAGGACGACUGCGUGGAGAACUGGGUCUCUUCCCUGCCAACUAUGUCACCCCAGUGCUCCUGUGAAGGCACGGUAUGCCCCGGAGGGCCAUAUUGGAGCUGUUCUUCUGAUGAGACAAGGACAGAGAGCGAGUGCAUCUUCCCUUGCCCCCUGGGACAUCUGAUAAUUUUGUUUGUGUCUUAAUUUAUUGGCAACUGAUCUUUUGAAAUGUUGGUAUGAAAGGGAACCCUUUGAAGAAGAUAAGAAUAUUUUUUUCUCCUAUUUUUCAUAUCCAGGAAGGGGAGGGAGAAAAAAAUCCUGAACUGUUCAUUGAGAUCUUGCUGGAUCCUCCCUGCCCUGUCACUCCUUUGGCUAAGUAUUGAUAACUUCCUCUAAUUAGGUGUGUAAAUGCACCUCAGAUAAGUAAGGCUUUGGAUAGCCUUAUGCCUUCCUUUUGAAUCUGGUUGCACUCCUAGUCUCUUCAGGCUCCAUUUUACCUUUCUUUCAGAGGCAGGAGGAACACCCAGGUGAAAUAAAGAAUCACUGGUAAUCACAUUAAUCCUUCAGGUAGGGAAAGAAAGUGAGGGGGUCUUAGGCUGAAGUGCAAGGCAACCUUGACUCUUCUAAAUAAUGUCUGGCUUAUCCCUCUAGUGCUUUCUGUGGGUAUGGACUGUAUGGAUAUACCAGAUGAAGGGAAAGGAUCCUGUAAGCUUUUGUACAAUCAAACCAGUGGUGAAGAUACGGGAGGCUGAGAAGCUACUUUCUUUACUGCUUCUGAUAGUCCUGCUCUUCUUUCUGCAACCCAUAACAACAUUUUGUCCCAUCUUCAAGCUGCUCUCUGAGGUACCUAUGCUUCUGUUAGACAUUCUAGUUAGAGCAGGUCAGGCCCUUGAGGUAAAUUAAUAUCCACUGGAUCAGAUAACAAUGAAUAUCCUUCACUGGUUCCUUUUGUAAAACUGAAUUGGGGAGGGGUUGGAGAGAAGAGGUUUUUCUGGUUUGGUGGCAGAAGUUCUUUCCCUCAGAACACGAGGUGUUCAGGAUCACUGUAUACACAACUAUGACUCGCUAGUGGAACGCCUCAUCCAACAGGUUAAGCUGUUACUUUACAGUCUGCAGAGAAUAAAGUUGUGGCCAAGCAGUCUGUUCUCUGUUCCAGUUUCUUUUGGAUGAAAUAAGUUAAAUGAAUAGCUUUUCAAACCAUAGCUAAGUGAAUACCCAGAUGUAACACAGAUAUACUGCAAAUGCACAUUAGAAAUUAUCCAGACCCUCUGAAGGAGACAAGGCUGAGUAACCACUGCUCAAGCAAAUUGAUAUUAAACAAGCUGCCUGAAUUUUUCACAACAUGUGGGACCUCGGCAGUUCAGCAAGGAAGUGAUGAUUUAUCAUUCUUGGGAAAGAAAAGGCAAGUGAAAAACUCCAAAAAGAAAUCAUGCUCAGCAAGAAAAAAUGUUCUUAUCUUUUGUUAGUUCCAAUAGGAAAAAAAAAUCCAGGAAAUAGGUUCUGAGUAAAGUCCGAUUCAAUGCAGCUGGCCUAAAUAAAGCUGACAGUUAGAGUAUUAGUAGAAAGAACCCAUUGUUAAAUUUUUGAGAGAACUACACAAAAAGCAGAUUAUUAAUGAGUGAGGUAAAAUAAGAAUAAUUAACAAGGCAUACAAGCUCUAAAUAGAAUAGAAAAGUUUAAAAGAUAUAUUAAGAGCUUAUCUCCAUUGGCUACCAGGGUGGUUCGUGAAACGGAGAGAUACCAUAUGACAUCCUAGGCUGGACUUGGCUCUGUUCUCUUGCAGGAACUCUGUUCCAGGCCUUUAGCAUCUCCUUUUGAAGUGAAGUCUGUGAGGCUUCUUUUGGAACAAGCUACCUUAUUAUUUGGUUUGUAUGAGGGUGUAACCUCGGUGACUCCACAGUUUGAAGAGUGUUUUGUUGUGAUUUGCUGGUUUUUCACUUGUUUUUCCUAAAGUAAUAUCAAAUUUGGAAGACAGAGGGUUAAGACCAGGGAGGAUGGAAGCAAAGAAACCCGAGACCAGCAAAGGCAGAGGAGUGAUGUGAAUGACGAAUCUUUCAUAUUCAGCUCUGGCUGAAACAAAAGAAAUUAUAUGUUCACCCUUAUUCCCACCAUGUCAAAUCAUCUUUCAAUUAAUUCUUUUUUUUAUUAUUAGUUACUUUUAAAAUUAGAAGCAAUGUCUCCUUUUCCUUUCCUCCUCGGCACUCUAAAGACCCUCUUGCUAGUGAAGAUGUAGUUGCGCAAAAUUAAUUGAAGAUAAUACACUUAGCAAUUUGAUAGCUCUUCACACUUUUGAAACUCCUUUAUAGAGAUUAGCUAAUUAAGCAAGUCUAAGUAGUACAUUGUAAGUACCCCCAUGUUAACUCAUGACUCAUUUGAGGAAGAGGUAAAUUUUCACGUGAUUUUUUAAUUGAUGUUUAAGAAAUUAAUACUCAAGGUAAUUAGCAUUAAAGGACUGCACCCUAAUUACGGACAACAUACCAGAACCACAGUAAAAUCAUGGUUUCCCAUUAUGAGUAGCACCUAAUGAUACCAAAAUUACUAGGAGGCAAAGGCAUCAUGGCAUCUGUGAUAACUAUAUUAGUGUCAUGUUCUGCACUGCCUUGUUCGGCUGGCCAGGCUUUGGUCUGCAAGACUCAGUCUUGCCUCCACUUUUAUCCUUGCCUGCUCCCCACGGCUGAGGCAGUGCUACCUGCAUUUACUGUACAUGCCAGUAGCUGGGAGGCACAGGCAUCACAUCAGACUGCAUUUUUGUAUCUUCCUACAGUACAAGUUGUUUUUCUUCCCUGCAAAACAACAGCACAGAGAACCACAGUCCUUCCCAAACCUAUGGAGUCUCCGGAUACAAGGAGAGGUGUGGGCAAAGAGGGAGUUUCUGCUAUAGUCUGCCCAUGAAAUCAUAUCUCACUUAGAUCAGGUCACUUAAUAAGCAAAAAGAGAGAGAGACGCUCCUCUCCCCCAUUCAUAUACCCUGCCAAACUUCCUGCUCUUUCUUCCAACACGUCUUAAUUGUAACAUAAUCCUUGCUAAUCCAAUCACCCAUGGGGAUUCAGUUACACCUGCACUGUGAAAACCUCAGAUUCUAUUGCCCAUGCAAGAAGCCCGUGUUAGCAACAUAGGACAGAAGCCUUAAGAUGAGUGUGGUGCACUGAGUUUACCUGACAUUUGUCAAUGUUCCGUAAAGAACUAAUCCUCUAGAACAUCCCGGGAGAGCCCAAGGGUGAAACAAAAAUGGAAAGGAAAUAGAAGAACUAGGAGAAGUAUUUUGUUUGAUAUUUUUCUUAAGAAGAAAGAUAGUUAAUGAGAAAAGAGAUUGUAAACAGAGAUAAAAGUGGGAAAAGUAUGUGGGAAGACAAACAUUAUUAUAACAAAUGAAACAGAGGAAGCUGGACUGCACAUACAAAAAUAAGUUUGACGAGCACAGCUGAGCCUACAUUCUGCUGCAGAUUCAUAUUUUGUUUAUAAAUGUCUCUGUGUCUAAUAAGGCUGUGCAAAAAAACCAGUAAAUGGAAAUCUCCUUUCAUGCAAAAGCUGUCCAGGUUGUUUUCUGUGCCAGAAAAUAGAGAUGUCUCUGUCUUGGUGUACAUGCUUACUGUAACAGCUGCACUCACUGGAGCGUGCUGCAGAAACAACAGGAACACGGCUGGUUCCCAUCUGACUG